AACCCCUGUCCCAUAAUGCGGCGUCUCUUCCAACUCCAAACAACGUUUCCAUACAACAAAUUUCCGAAAUUGUUUUGUAAGCAAAACGGAGAAUGAAUUACGAAGGCGAAGAUGCAUUUGCGACUGCGAUCCACUUCCACCGUAAAUCAAUUAACCCCACGCGCCUAUCUCUUCCACUCGCUCCACCAAUGGUUCUCCAUCCUCCGCCACGCCAUCGCCGCAUCCGAUUUACACCUCGGAAAACGCGCUCACGCGCGCAUUUUAACGUCGGGGCACAACCACGAUCGUUUUCUAACGAACAACCUCAUCACCAUGUACGCCAAAUGCGGCUCACUCUCCUCCGCGCGUCAACUGUUUGACAUAACACCGGACAGCGACAGAGACCUCGUAACCUGGAAUGCCAUGCUCUCCGCCUAUGCCCUCGCCGACAAAGCUCGUGACGGCUUUCACCUUUUCCGUCUUUGCCGUCACUCGGUCGUGUCGACCACGCGCCACACUUUAGCUCCUGUGUUCAAAAUGUGCCUCCUCUCUGGUUCUCUCUUUGCUUCCGAGACCCUUCAUGGUUUCGCCGUUAAGGUUGGGUUGGAAUGGGACGUGUUUGUGGCUGGUGCUUUGGUUAAUAUAUACGCUAAGUUUCGACGAAUCAGAGAGGCACGUAUUUUGUUCGAUGGAAUGCCUGUGAGAGACGUUGUGCUUUGGAACGUGAUGAUGAAGGCUUAUGUGGACACGUGUCUUGAUGAUGAUGCGUUGCUUCUCUUCUCUGCGUUUCACAGAACUGGGUUGCGUCCUGAUAGCAUCAGUUUUCGGACUAUUAUGGGGGUGGAUAGCGUUUUUGAGUGGCAGUUGAAGCAGGUUCGAGCUUAUGCUACCAAAUUAUUGCUUUGUGCUGCUGCUGCUGCUGAUGAUGUAGUUGUGUGGAACAAGACACUGUCUAGGUAUCUCCAAAAUGGUGAAGCUUGGAAAGCUGUUGAUUGCUUUGUGGAUAUGAUUGGAUCACGAGUACCGUGUGAUGGCUUGACUUUUGUUGUGAUGCUGUCUGUGGUUGCCAGUGUGAAUUGUAUUGAACUGGGGAAACAGAUUCAUGGCAUUGUUGUGAGAUCGGAGUUGGAUCGCGUUGUGUCUGUUGCUAAUAGCCUUAUGAAUAUGUAUGUCAAGGCUGGCUCUGUGAGUUAUGCAAGAACAGUGUUUGGUCAAAUGAAAGAACUGGAUUUGAUAUCGUGGAACACCGUGAUAUCUGGUUGUGCGUUGAGUGGUUUGGAGGAGUUGUCUGUGAGAUUGUUUGUUGAUUUAUUAUGCAGUGGCCUAUUGCCGGAUCAGUUCACCAUCGCAAGUGUUUUGAGGGCUUGCUCCUCUCUUGAAGAAGGUUACUAUCUUGGUAAGAUGAUUCAUAGUUGUGCAAUAAAAGCUGGUGUUGUCUUGGAUUCAUUUGUUUCGACUACUCUAAUUGAUUUAUAUUCCAAGAGUGGAAAGAUGGAGGAGGCAGAACAUCUUUUUCUUAACCAAGAUGGAUUUGAUUUGGCAUCUUGGAAUGCUAUGAUGCAUGGGUACAUAGUCAGUGAUAACUACCACAAAGCAUUGAGGCUCUUUGUUCUAAUGCAUGGAAGUGGAGAGAGAGCAGAUCAAAUUACUCUGGCCAAUGUAGCUAAAGCUGCUGGGUGUUUGGUGGGGCUUGAACAAGGGAAGCAAAUUCAUGCUGUUGUUAUAAAAAAGGGGUUUAAUUUAGAUUUGUUUGUCAUUAGUGGUAUUCUUGACAUGUAUCUAAAAUGUGGAGAGAUGGAAAGUGCAAGCAAAGUGUUUGGUGAGAUCCCUUUGCCGGAUGAUGUUGCUUGGACUACUAUGAUAUCAGGAUGCGUGGAAAAUGGAGAUGAAGAGCAUGCUCUUUUUACUUACCAUCAGAUGAGACUUGCUGGGGUGCAACCUGAUGAGUAUACCUUUGCCACCCUUGUCAAAGCCAGUUCUCUUUUGACAGCAUUGGAACAAGGGAGACAGAUUCAUGCCAAUGUUAUUAAGCUGAACUGUGCUUUUGAUCCUUUUGUCACGACUUCACUUGUUGACAUGUAUGCCAAGUGUGGGAGCAUUGACGAUGCAUAUGGUUUGUUUAAAAGAAUGAACACGAGGAAUAUUUCCUUGUGGAAUGCCAUGAUAGUAGGAUUAGCCCAACAUGGAAAUGCUGAGGAAGCCCUACACUUUUUCAGAGAUAUGAAAUCUAGGGAUGUAGCACCAGAUAGAGUUACUUUUAUAGGUGUGCUUUCUGCGUGCAGUCAUUCUGGCUUGAUAACUGAAGCCUAUGAAAACUUCUAUUCCAUGCAGAAUAACUAUGGAAUUGAACCUGAGAUUGAGCACUAUUCUUGUCUUGUUGACGCCCUUAGCCGAGCGGGGCGUAUACAAGAAGCUGAAAAGGUGAUAUUAUCAAUGCCUUUUGUAGCUUCUGCUUCAAUGUAUAGAACUCUACUUAAUGCUUGUAGGGUUCAGGGAGACAAAGAGACGGGAAAACACAUAGCAGAAAAGCUUUUUAACUUGGAGCCAUCUGAUUCAGCAGCAUAUGUUCUUUUGUCCAAUAUUUAUGCAGCUGCUAAUCAAUGGGAAAAUGUGGCAAGUGCUAGAAAAAUGAUGAAAAGAGUAAAGGUAAAGAAGGAUCCCGGAUUUAGUUGGGUAGAUAUGAAGAACAAGGUGCAUUUGUUUGUAGCUGGCGAUAGGUCACAUGAAGAAACUGAUGUGAUAUAUAAUAAGGUGGAGCAUGUUAUGAAAAGGAUCAGAGAAGAAGGAUAUGUCCCUGAUACAGACUUUGCACUUGCUGAUGUAGAAGAAGAAGAUAAAGAAAGUUCUUUAUAUUAUCAUAGUGAGAAGCUGGCAAUAGCUUAUGGGCUCCUAAAAACGCCACCAUCCACCACAUUAAGGGUAAUUAAAAACCUUAGAGUGUGUGGAGAUUGCCAUAAUGCAAUCAAAUAUAUAUCAAAGGUUUAUCAGCGAGAAAUUGUUUUGAGAGAUGCAAAUCGAUUUCAUCAUUUCAGGAGCGGGAUCUGUUCCUGUGGGGAUUACUGGUGACAAUUGAAUAUUUUCCCUCAAGAAUACCCCAUGAUUUAAGUUGGCUUAUUUUAGAGCCAUCAACUAACCUUCGUUUGUUGGCUUCUCUUUUCAUUAACUUGCAUAACAGGCACUAGGUACACAGAUACUUGAUAUAACAUUGACAAAGGAUUUUAGCGUUGUUCUUUCUAUUGUUUACUACUUGACGCAAUAUCUUGUAAUGACCUUUCAGUUAUAGUUAACGCCACUUCAAAUUUACACAUUAAUCAAUAUAUAUCA